AGGACAUAGAGUGUAAUGGAGAAGAAUAGCGAAGACUGAUCUGCUCAUCUACAAUUUGAUGGUGCUGAUGUCAAAAAUUCAUCAUGAAGUGAAGAUUAUUUUCCUCUUCAAAACUUCAAAAAUAGGCUAGAGAGUAAAUAGCUCCCAUAAGUUAACUAAGAAAAAGAAAAAAUCUUCUGAAAUUGGUUUUUAUAAUAACCAGAAUGAAGAUAAUUCUAAUUCUUUGCUCCCCAAAAGUAUAGAGAGAAGAGAAGCUUCUUCUCCUGAGUGUAUUAAGAAAGAUAAUUUCAAUGAGUUGCCUAAACUUGGAUCAUCUUCCUCUUUAUUAUUCUCCGAAAAGAAGAUGGGUAAAAUGUUAAAAAUCAACCUUAAGAAAAUUUCCAAACAGGAGAUUGAGAAUAAAAAGAAAAUUUUAGAGAAUCUGUUUAAUUCAAAUUAUGAUGACGGCACAAACUCAAAAUAAAGUUAAACCUUAUCUCAGACAAUCGCACAGCGAAUAUUCAGCCUCUAGAGAUAAUGGGAUGCAUGGGGAUCAAUACAACGACAGAGGUAGUAUGAAAGCAAAUCAUAUUUACCAAUCUGCUCGAAAUAUUGUAGAAAGUAGCAAGAUUAAUAAAAUUAAAUAACAGUAGAAACCUUCACAUCAGUUAUAACCGAGGCGUUCAUAAAUAAAGGAAGCCAACACAGCACCAAUCCUAAUAAAAACACUUAGUGAUACUACUGGAGACAAGCUUAAUAUGUCUGGGCCUGCCAAGUGCUUACCUUCAAUGUGGGAUAAGAAAUAUGACGAAAAGAAGGAUCGAACCAAGCAGUUAAAACUUAAAAUUCAAAAGAAAAGAUCUAUGAGAAAGAAUGAGUACAGAAAUAGUCACUUAUCUUUGCCUAGCCUUUCUACUUCAGCUUCAAAAAUGAAUUCUCUUCAGAAUGUGAAUAAUGGUUUACUGAAUAAAUCUAAAAAUUCCCGGUUACAGAAUAUGAAGCUAGCUAAACCUCUGAGACUCCAUGAUGACAAGAAGAAUGGCUAUCUAAGCACCAUGAACUCAGGAAUUAUUAAAAAAUACUAAUUAUUUUACUAAUUAAG